AUGGAUUAUGCGUGUUUAUGUGGUACACCAGAUAUUUCGCUACUAAAGUACAUCCCCAGACAACCUCAAGACAUCCUGGGACAUUCUCAGACCUUCCUAGACAUCUUCGGAAAUCCCUCGUCAUCCUUGGAUAUACCUUCUUCCUUAUAUAAAGUAUUAGUCAUUGUUACCUUCCCAUCAAAAACAAUAAAACUAGAAACAUUCCAAUGUCCCAAUUGUCCGAAAGUCUUUGACCGCAACUACAAACUCAAAACCCACCUAAUCGUGCACAACUCCUCAAAACCCUUCGUUUGCCUACAAUGCAACUCCACCUUUAAAACAAACUCGGCCUUAAGAAGGCACAUCCGAGAGUUGCACGAGCAAACACGAAAAUACACUUGCACCGAGUGCGACAAAGUUUUCAACAGCAAAACCAACUACGUCAUACACCAGAAACGGCACUUAUUCGAGUUCAAAGUGCGCUGCGAGCAUUGCAACGAAGGUUUUGUGACUCAUUCCGAAUAUAGACGACAUUUAGAUGCCAAGCACAACCAGAAACGAUAUGUUUGCGACAUUUGCGGCAAAAAUAUUUCUAGUGAGAGGCACUUAAAAGCCCACAAGAAACUACAUGAGGCAAAUUACGAAGCAGUUUAUUUCCAAGAGUGUGGGUUUUGUAACAAAAGAUUUAGACACUUAAAGAAGCACAUUAGAGAGUCUCAUGAAGGUUUAGGCCAUAAUUAUGUUUGUCCAACUUGCGGUAAAACUUUUAGAAGUGAAAAUAGUUUUAAAGUGCAUCAAAUGAUUCAUAAAGGUAUUAGGCCCUAUGAGUGUCAGUGCUGUCACAAACAAUUCUACUCCAAGCAGUACCUGACGGUGCACUGGCGCACUCACACGGGCGAAAAACCGUUCCAGUGUAUAAUUUGCGGCAAAAGCUUUUCACAAAAGUCGCCUUUGAAGAUUCACAUGCGGCUGCACACUGGAGAAAGGCCUUACGAGUGCGACGUUUGCGAGGAGAAAUUUGUUUCAAAGCAAAAGUUGACUUUUCAUUUGAAGAGUGCUCAUCAGAUUGUUGAUUUUAGGAAUGGUAAAUAA